UCUCUAAACACAGCCUGAAGGAAGAGGAAGAAAGUGUGGGAGGAAUCGUCUCAAGUAACUAACACACCCACCCCAGUCACUGGCAGCACAGAACUACACACAAGUUUGGGAUUGUGGCAAAAGCAGACAAUAUGGAGCUUGAAGCUAUGACUUCUCGUGAAACCUGGCCAGAUGAAACAGAGGAAGCAACUACAGAGAGUCCACCUAAGUCACGCUGUGACAAAAUCCAUGAAACCAUUUCCAACUGGAUACUACCCGAAAACCACAGAGACACGUACCUGGCAAGAGCAAACUGCUUGCCCCCUCCAAUCUUUAUCAUUUCAGUCAGCAUUGCUGAGCUAGCAGUCUUCAUUUACUAUGCAGUGUGGAUGCCACAGAAACAGUGGAUCACCUUGGAUUCAGGUGUCUGGAACAGCCCCUUUAUUUACCGGGCUGAUAAAAGGGAGGAGGCAUGGAGAUUUAUAUCUUACAUGAUGGUACAUGCUGGAGUGCAGCACAUAAUUGGUAAUUUGGCUCUCCAGCUUUUUCUCGGAAUUCCACUUGAGCUGGUCCAUAAGGGACAUCGCAUUGGACUGGUAUACGUGGCUGGGGUUAUCGGAGGAUCUCUAGCAAGUUCUGUCUUUGACCCCAGGCUUGCUCUUGUUGGAGCUUCUGGGGGUGUCUAUGCUUUGAUUGGGGGCUACUUCAUGAAUAUCCUAGUGAAUUUUAAAGACAUGACACCUUUAUUUGGAAUAUUUAGAAUUCUGGUCAUCGUAAUAAUAGUUGGAACUGAUGUGGGAUUUGCCCUGUACAGAAGAUACAUUUCCCAUGAAACUGUCGAAAAGGUCUCGUUUGUAGCUCACUUUGCUGGAGGACUGGCUGGAAUGUCCAUUGGUUAUACCGUUUUCAGCUGCUUUGACAAAAAUCUAAUCAAAGAUCCCAGGUUUUGGAUUUGUAUUGCUGCUUAUUUUGCCUUUGUCAUUUUUGCUGUUCUGUUUAAUAUUUUUUUGUCCCCUGCACCUUAAUGUAUUUCAUUAGCCCUGUGAAGGAUUUUUUUUUUUUUUUUGCAAGAACUAUGUACAAUGCCACCUUUAUUUUUUUUCAAUAAUCAGCUAAACUAAUUUGUUGUCUGGACUCUUGAAGAACCUCUGCAAUAGAUCCGGACAGAGCUGCAAUACUAUGCUUAAAGAAGCAGGGAUACUUGCUGGUUUAUUUCCAGUUUGUUCUCACAAUAGUGAAUGAGCUGUUUUACAAGUGGAGACCUUCCAAUCACCAAUUUCAUAUUCACACAACCAAAACUUGUGAGCCACAUCAAUUAGGUUCUUCUUGUUCUUUACAAAUCUGCUGAAAUUGAUUUCAAAAACUGCUUCUAAAUCUGCGGCAUGCCGGAAAACCUAUGAAAAGGACUUUUUCAGCACUGGUAUUUAUAACUGUUUAUUAAAAAAGACUUUCAACAGACUUUUUAUUUUACUAUUAAAAGAAGUGCUCUGCAACA